AUGCCUCUGAGUCAAGAAGAAGCAGAUGCCCGCCGACAGGCUCGGAAGGCGAUCCCCAAGCCGAAACCUGCUUACCUCCCAACGGCAGGAUCACCACUGAGCGUUGACGACAAGCUAUAUGCACAGAUUCGGGAUGCUCCGCGCUCGAAGACCGAGGAGUUCGUUAUACCUAUCCGAUCUGGACGAGCGUGGAAAGCGGAGGCCGGGUGUAUUAUCCGUAUUAGUACUCCUGAGGGACCGCAAGUCGGCGACCUAAACAUUUGGAACGCGCAUAACCCACGAGAGCGCUUUUGGGCAUCACGUACUAAGCAACUCCAUUCAUCCCAUGUAUCGGUAGGAGAUCGUCUGUGGUCCAUCGCUCCGUACAUGCGGCCGCUUGUGACCAUACUGGAAGAUACGCUAUCGUGGUACGGAGUCGACGAGCACGGCGGACGCGUGCACGAUCUCCUUGGGACAGGGUGCGAUCCUUAUAUCAAUGCUGUGCUUACCAGUGGCGAAGCCAGCGGAGAGCAGAACAAGUUUUAUGACUUCCACUGCAGGUCGAACCUCACGCGCGCCGUGCUACCCUUCGGGUUAGCUGAACACGACGUCCACGAUGUCAUCAACAUUUUUCAAGUCACUGGUCUUGAUGAGGAGGGGCGGUAUUUCAUGAACCCAUGCCCUGCCCGCUCGGGGGAUUAUAUCGAGUUCUUAGCCGAGCAAGACGUGCUCAUGGCGCUGAGUACAUGCCCAGGUGGUGAUCUGUCGCUAUGGGGCUUUGGUGCUGCUAGCGAGAAAGAGAUGAUAAAAUGCUGCCGCCCCCUAAAGGUUGAAGUCUUCCGCCUUCAAGACGUAGAUCUGCUACAAAAGAACGGGUGGAAGCCUGCUGAGAAGUCGCCAUAUCGCGGUAUGCACGGGAUGCUAGUACCGGAAGGUGAACACCAAUCUUCAUCUUGA